UCAUUAUCAAAGGGUGAGAGCUAGCUGCUUGCUGUUUGAACUGUUGCUGUUUUUUCUUUGUGGUUGUGAAAUUUGAGGGAGAGAUCGAUGGCUCAGACUGUGGGAAGGAACGUGGCAGCUCCAUUGCUGUUUCUGAACUUGAUCAUGUAUUUGAUCGUUGUCGGUUUUGCUAGUUGGUGUCUCAACAGGUUCAUCAAUGGCCAGACCAAUCACCCUAGUUUUGGAGGAAAUGGUGCAACAAUGUUCUUUUUGAUAUUCUCCAUAUUGGCUGGAGUGAUGGGCAUAGCAUCAAAGCUGGCCGGAGCAAACCACAUCAGAGCUUGGAGGAGUGAUAGCCUAGCUGCAGCAGGAUCAUCAGCCAUCGUGGCAUGGGCUCUCACGGCACUGGCCUUUGGACUGGCAUGGAAGCAGAUAAGCAUUGGAGGGUUUAGAGGAUGGAGGCUGAGGCUCUUGGAGGCUUUCGUAAUAGUCUUGACAUUCACUCAGCUAUUGUACCUCUUGCUGCUUCAUGCGGGUGUCUUCAGCAGCAAGUAUGGCCCGGGCUACCGUGACACCGACUACCCGGCUGCCGGCGAUCCGAUACACAAGGGCACAACUGGAGGAGUCCCUGCGUCUAGGGUUGUUUAAGGACAUAGGGAUAUCGUAGCAGCGCGACUCCCACAUAAUUUAAUGUGGAUUUCGUUUCCCCUUCCCUUUUGGGAAAGGGGGUUUGUGUUUCAUAAUUUAAUGGGGAAUUUUAAGUUUUUACUUUGUGGUUUUGUGGGUUGGAUAGGUUUGGGGACGUGGUCACUGACCAAAGUGGUGUGCUGUGCGCAUGUUUGUACGACUUCGUGUACAUCAUGUGUAUAAUGUAUGCAUGGUUUUUAAUUAACGCA